AGAAGUUGUCAUUCUCCAAGCCUUUCGAUACCACCAUGUCCAUGAAAUCGCUGGCAAAGACACUAUUUGGCGUGUCCAAGCGCACCUUCUCGUACUCCUCAGCUCUUCGCGCAGUGCAUCCUGUCGUUUCUAGUGCUGUAUUCAACGAGAAAAUUAGUUCGCCGAAAUUGACCGUUGCUGACUUCUAUGCCACCUGGUGUGGUCCUUGUAAAACAAUACAUCCUCUGUUGGUUACUUUGAGUGAGAAAUACGACGACGUUUCGUUCAUUAAGGUCGAUGUUGAUCAAAUGCAAGACCUAGCACAACAAUACGGCGUGUACGCCAUGCCGACACUCAUGGUAUUCAAAAACGGUAAACUACUCGACCAAAUCGUUGGAGCAGACCUAAAAUUGCUUAGAAUGUCCAUAGCGAAAAACCGUUUAAAGUGAACUCCUCUCCCGACCUAGAAUAACGAAAUGAAUGCGCACAUUGUAACAGUAGAUGUAAUUCUUUAACACAUAUGUACUACAUGUGAAUGGGA